AUGUUUUACGACCUGAAUGUACCUUACAGCCCCGAUGACCCGGAGGUGCCCCACACUCUGAAUUUCCUCGCCGAACUUGGUUACACUACGGUUGCCCUGUCUCAAACGAUCAACGGGAAGCUUCCCCCGACACUUGCUCCACCUCCUCUUCCAACAAACGCGCCAAAAUCCCUCCAACUGCUGACCCGGUUGAACCUGACUCUGGCCGACCCCGCGCAGAACCAGCGCCUAACCGCCCUGAGUCAAGCCUACGACAUCGUUGCUCUCCGUCCCACAAAUGAAAAGUCACUUCUAAAUGCGUGCACCAACUUGGAAUGCGACGUGAUCUCCGUGGAUCUCUCGGUGCGACUUCCAUACCACUUCAAAUUCAAAAUGCUGUCCGCGGCAAUCUCACGUGGAGUUCGUAUCGAGAUCUGCUAUGGGCCAGGUAUCACGGGGAGUGGACUUGAUGCCCGACGAAACCUCAUUGGGAAUGCAACUUCCUUGAUCCGCGCGACACGAGGUCGAGGCAUUAUCGUGUCCAGUGAAGCAAGAAGAGCUUUGAGUCUACGAGCCCCAUGGGACGUGAUUAAUCUUGCCUGUGUCUGGGGUCUAUCACAAGAGCGCGGAAAGGAAGCAGUCUGCGAAGAGUCCCGGAAGGUCACAGCUUUGGCCAAGUUGAAGCGAACCAGUUGGCGAGGCAUCGUGGAUGUCGUGCAGCCAGACAACGGAGCGGAUAAUCUCAAGAGGAAGGCUUCUAUCAGCUCUGAGCCUGUCGCCGAGGAUGCUGACAAGCCUUUGUCCAAGCGAGAAAUCAAACGACGAGCCAAGAAAGCACGAUUUGACGCAAAAGGAGAGAAUGCUACUUGA